UCACAUUUUAAUUAUACAGUAUAUCUAUUCAGGCAUAUAUAUAGAGAGAUAUACAGCUGCCUCCAACAUAUAUAGUCAACUGAUGAAAUUUUAAGCAUCAUUAUUAUAGUCUUGUCUCCUUUCUUUCUCUCUUCCUCUCCUCUUCAUCAUAGAUCAAGAACACAAGAUGAUUGAGAUAAUUACAGUAAAAAAUGUGUUCUUGAUCGGGUUUUUGGUCUUGAUACUGAAUUGGGUAUGUAGAGCUGUGAACUGGGUUUGGUUAAGGCCAAAGAGGUUGGAGAUAUAUCUGAAGAAACAAGGAUUUUCUGGGAAUUCUUACAGAAUUUUGAUGGGAGACAUGAGAGAGAGUAAUCAGAUGGAUCAAGUUGCUCACUCUCUUCCUCUUCCUCUCACAGCUGAUUUUGUCCCUCGCAUGAUGCCUUUUAUCCAUCACACUGUUCUAAAUCAUGGGAAGAAGUGUUUCACAUGGUACGGACCGUACCCGAACGUGAUAGUAAUGGAUCCAGAGACACUACGGGAGAUAAUGUCAAGACACGAACUCUUUCCAAAACCAAAGAUUGGAUCACAUAGUCAUGUUUUCCUCAGUGGUCUUCUCAAUCACGAAGGUCCUGAAUGGUCCAAACAUCGAAGCAUUCUUAAUCCUGCUUUUCGUAUCGACAAUUUAAAGAGUAUCCUUCCAGCAUUCAACUCGAGUUGCAAAGAGAUGCUAGAAGAAUGGGAUAAACUAGCUUCAGCAAAAGGAACAGUAGAACUUGAUUCAUGGACUUACUGUCAUGACUUAACAAGAAACAUGCUUGCUCGUGCUUCUUUUGGUGAUUCCUACAAAGAUGGCAUCAAGAUCUUCGAAAUCCAACAAGAACAGAUCGAUCUUGGUCUCCAAGCUAUUCGUUCUGUCUACAUUCCUGGAUCAAAAUAUUUGCCAACAAAGUUCAACAAGAGGUUGAGAGAAACUGAAAGGGACAUGAGGGCUAUGUUUAAAGAUAUGAUUGAAACAAAAGAGAAGGAGAUAAAAAGAGGAAGAGCUACUGACAAAAACAGCGACUUGUUGUGCUCCAUGUUAGACUCAAAUACAAAGCAAGUAAAAGAACAAGGACCAGAUUCAGGGCUUAGUCUCGAUGAUCUGAUAGAUGACUGCAAGGCUUUCUAUCUAGCUGGUCAAAACGUGACUUCUUCAUUGUUUCUUUGGACUCUUGUUGCUCUAAGCCAACACCAAGACUGGCAAAACAAAGCAAGAGACGAGAUCUCUAAGGCGUUUGGUAACAAUGAGCCAGAUUUUGAAGGGUUAAGCCACUUGAAAGUUGUAUCAAUGAUCCUGCAUGAAGUGCUUAGACUCUAUUCACCAGCUUACUUCACAUGCCGGAUAACUAAACAAGAAGUGAAGCUAGAGAGAUUCUCUUUACCCCAAGGAGUUGUGAUUACAAUACCAAUGCUAUUGGUGCACCAUGACCCUGAUCUUUGGGGAGAGGAUGUGAAACAGUUUAAGCCGGAGAGAUUCGUCAAUGGAGUUGCAAGUGCAACCAAAGGAAGACUCUCUUUCUUGCCGUUUAGCUCUGGACCUCGGACUUGUAUUGGUCAAAACUUCUCCAUGUUGCAAGCUAAGCUCUUUGUGGCAACGGUUCUUCAACGGUUUAGUGUAAAGCUCUCUCCAUCGUAUACUCAUGCUCCUUUCCCAGCUGCAACGACGUUCCCACAACAUGGAGCUCAUCUGAUCAUUCGAAAAGUUUAAAGGAGGUAGCAAAAACUUUACAAAAACAAAGGUGCUUUGUAUAUAAGAAACAGAUUCAAAUCUAUAAAUUUCAACAGUUUUCUUGAUUUUUAUUAUUCGUUUAUGACAUAUAGUAAAAAAAAUAAUAAUAAUAAUGUGUUAACAGUUUUCCUUUGCAUAGUGCUGCUAAAUCAUUACUGCUGCUAAAAACUUGA